GCAAUUGCUGGCGUACUCGCUGCUCUUGCACAAAUCGCAAGUCUUGCUGGGGCUUCCGACUUUACAACAAGUGCAUUCGCCUACUUUCUUAUCGCUCUGGCUAUUCUUGGAACAUCCAUAAUAAUGACUUUAAUGUUGAGACGAAACGCCCACUUUAAUUCUUACUGGGACACUGAAAUCUGUAUCCAAGUGAAUGACACGAAAACUCAAGACGGUGAGGAAAACUUCCUGCCACUCAGCGAAUUAAGUUCGGGAACUGUUCUCGAAUCGGAUGAACCCCACGUAACACAACGUUCUUCAAGACAUUUGUUAAAAUCCUUAUAUGAGAUGUGGAUUCAUGGUGGCUGCACUAUGCUGACACUGAUGUAUACUUUGAUGCUCUACCCCGCUCUACUGCAACCAAUCAAAUCGGUUCAUUUCGAUCCAGACAACGCCUGGUCGUCCGUAUUUUUCGUUCCGGUGAUUGUGUUUCUGUCAUUCAACAUAUUCGACUGGAUCGGUCGAACACUUGCGGGUUUUGUCAAAUGGCCUCGGCGCAACCAGCGUUGGAUUCUCCUUGCGAUUUGUUUGGCCCGUGUGGUCUUUAUACCACUGUGCAUGUUCAUGAAUCAACAACCGAGAAAGCAUCUACCAGUAGUGUUCAACCAUGAUGCCUACCCGAUCAUCCUGGUUAUUCUGUUGGGACUUACCAAUGGCUACUUCUUGUCCCUCGCCAUGACAUAUGGACCC